AAUUACUAAAUAACUACGAUGGCAAGGCCAAAAUUACAAUUGGAUUUGGAAAAGAAGAUUUUCCUGUCACUUGUAUAAAAUGAUCAUCUAGUAAAUUACGUAAAUAUCUACAAAUCUUAAAAAAACAGCAUAAAUUAUUAAAAUAAAGCCUAUCUAACACUAUCAAGAUGCUACGCAGUGCUUUAGUGCCGUGCAAGGAAGUUUUAUCCACUUCAAAUGUUCUUAGAAACUUAUCGGCAGGAAUUUUUGGCAAUGUACAAUUACAGGAUACCCAGAAAAGAAAACAAUCUACACAACCUGUACCUGCUCACAAGCCUUACUCACCCUUUCAAGUAAGCAGAACUAAUAUUGGUGAAUAUGCUAUGGCAAGACUUGAUGAUCUCUUAAAUUGGGGGCGAAAGGGAUCUAUGUGGCCUCUUACUUUUGGUUUAGCGUGUUGUGCUGUAGAAAUGAUGCACAUUGCUGCUCCUAGAUAUGAUAUGGACAGGUAUGGUGUUGUAUUCAGAGCCUCACCACGUCAAGCAGAUGUGAUUAUUGUAGCUGGUACUUUAACUAAUAAAAUGGCUCCAGCAUUAAGAAAGGUAUAUGAUCAAAUGCCUGAACCCAGAUGGGUUAUCUCUAUGGGCAGCUGUGCCAAUGGUGGUGGAUAUUACCAUUAUUCAUACUCAGUUGUAAGGGGUUGUGAUAGAAUUGUUCCUGUAGAUAUUUAUGUACCAGGAUGUCCACCUACAGCUGAAGCUUUAUUAUAUGGAGUUUUGCAAUUGCAAAAGAAAGUCAAACGAAUGAACACGUUGCAAAUGUGGUAUAGAAAGUAAUAGAAUAUGUUAAUUAGAAAAUCCCUUAUAUUAAGUUAUAAUUUGAAAAGCUUUGUAAAUAAUUGUUUUUAUUCUAUAAUACUGUAAUAAAACAACAUGAUUAUUGUACCUUAAAACGUGUACUCAAUAGAAACGAAAUGAUAAAUAAAUAAUUAAGAUUAUAA